AACUUUUGUAUCAGAGCUUCUCAUGCAUUGUAAGCAGCAGCAGAUAUAUAGCAAGCAAUCUCUCCUUCUAGUAUAAGCUAGCAUUUCAAUCAUGGCAAACUCGGGUCAUAUUUCCUGCUUGCUAUCUCUCGGGCUGUUACUAGCCAUCCUACGGGCGACAGAGGCACAGAUAGGAGUGUGCAAUGGAAUGCAAGGGGACAAUCUUCCCCCCCAGCAAGAAGUCAUCGACCUCUACAAGCAGUAUGGUAUCCGAAGGAUGAGACUCUACGACCCCAACCAAGCAGCCCUCCAAGCCCUCAGAGGGACCAACAUUGAGGUCAUGCUCGGUGUCCCCAACGAACCAGACCUCCAGAACCUCGCCAGCAGCCAAUCCAAUGCCGAUGCAUGGGUCCAGAAGAAUGUCCUGAGCUAUCCUGACGUAAACUUCAGGUACAUUGCGGUCGGGAACGAGGUCGUAGCUGCCAACAAUUAUGCCCAGUUCCUCGUGCCUGCAAUGCAGAACGUCCAAAAGGCGAUUGCCAAUGCAGGCAAGGCGGGCCAGAUCAAGGUCACCACAUCUAUUAUAUACAGUAUGAUCGGAGUCUCCUCCCCUCCUUCACAGGGCUCAUUCAAAGGCGAGGAAGGGCCGGUCAUCGACCCGAUAAUCCGCUUCUUGCUCGACAACCAGGCACCUUUGUUAGUCAACAUCUAUCCUUACUUCGCCUACAAGGACAACGUAGGGGUCAUAAGUCUCGACUACGCCCUUUUCAAGGCAAACUCUGUCGUGGUUAACGACGGUCCCAACGGGUACAAGAGUCUUUUUGAUGCAAUGCUGGAUGCAGUCUAUUCUGCUCUUGAGAGGAAGAAUGCAGGGUCCCUGGGAGUCGUAGUGUCCGAGAGCGGCUGGCCUUCAAAUGGAGAUGUCGGGGCCUCAGUGGAAAAUGCACAGACCUACAACUCGAACUUGGUCCAGCACGUGAAGGGCGGGACACCAAAGAGGCCGGGUGGGCCCAUCGAGACUUACAUAUUCGCAAUGUUCGAUGAGAACAAGAAGAGCCCUGAGUUGGAGAAGUUCUGGGGCCUUUUCCUCCCAAGCAAGCAGCCCAAAUACACGAUCAACCUUAACUAGUUAAGAGAGUGGCAUCGAGUAGUUUCGAGUCUAUUCCAAAUUUAUAAUUUCGACAGUAAUAAAGGCAUCUAAAGCCUGUGUCUCCUCCGUCUCAGAGGAAAUAAUGUAAUAAUACUCUUUACAAUAUUGAUAUUAGGUUCAUCGACUGAACAAUGCAAACAUUGGAAUCCCGAUGACUACAAUAUUGUAUUCGGCACAAGAGAAUGAAACGAAAAGCUUUGGGAAGAGGCUGCAUUAAUUAGCA